ACUUCAGUGGAGAGAAGUUGCAGUUACUCCUCCACGCCUGCACGUGGCGGUGCGGAGAAAAAACGUCAUCACGUCGACAAGCGAGGGACGAAUCCAACAUGUCUGCCCCCUGAAGGAGACACGGAGAAAUAGAAACAUUGCGAAAGCACACGACAAACAGCGGCUGGAUUCUUUUGUGGGCUUGGUGGAAAGCUGGAAACAUGUCGAAGAUCUCCAAGGCAGCCAAGGCCGUGAAGAAGCUGGACACAAGCGGUGUGAUCCGGGCUAUCGUGAGGUCGGGACAGGCGGCUCCUGGGCCCCCACUGGGCCCCAUCCUGGGACAGAAAGGAAUCGCUAUCGGACAGUUCUGCAAGGACUUCAAUGAAAAAACCAAGGAGAUGAAGGAGGGCAUCCCUCUCCCAAUCAAGAUCAACGUGAAGCCCGACAGGACGUACGACCUUCACAUCGGCCAACCCACCGUCUCGUACUUCCUCAAACAAGCGGCAGGCAUCGCCAAAGGAGCCGGAAAGACAGGGCACGAGACGGCAGGCAUGGUGUCGGUGCGGGCCGUGUACGAGAUCGCUCAGGUGAAAGCCCAGGACGAGUGCUUCAAGAUCAGGAACACCUCCCUGCAGAACGUGGUCAAAAGCAUCGUGGGCUCGGCCCGCUCGCUGGGCAUCAAGGUGGUCAACGACCUCUCCGCAGACGAGUACAAAGUGUUCUUGGAGCAGCGGGAAGAGAAAUUGAAGGCAGACGCGGAGGCAGCCGCGGCCGAAGCGCCGCCGCAAGGCAAGAAGAGAUGAGCGGCGCCUUCGCCGCGGCGCUUUACUGACACCAACAGGCCGCGGGAGGUGCGCCCGCGUCCUCUCGGGGAAAGCCCUUUGAGCUUUAUGAAAUAAUCUUCACAUCGAGGUUAAGGCAAGACGAGUUUUAUUUGCUUGUGGCACAUUUUAAACACAAGGUACCCGUAUAGUAGUACAACAAAGGACAGAAAUAUUUAAAAAAAAAAAACAUUCAAAAGACUGCAAGUACAAGGCUUACAAAAUGUUUUUGAAGUACUUUUAAAGAGAUCAUAAGCAUGAGUAAAAAAUAAUUGCAUUUAAGCUGGUACAUGUAUUAGUAUGCGCUUUCUCACUAGUGCACUAGUAGACGAGUGCCCUAUAGUAUUUUUUUUUUUCCAACUACUGCGGCAUUAGUAGCAGAGUUGUCAUACUAGUAGGACAGCCAUGCUACAAGUUGGGCAAAACUGUGCACUAAUUGACAUCAUCGUACGAGUACCACUAGUGAAGUGCGAGAUGUUAACUAGUAGAAUUUUGUAUCCAGCAGUACUAUUAGCGCAUGGUUCUCAACUUGUGCAGAUUUACUUCACUAAUAACAUGUAGUUGUCCUACGAGUGAGGACAAAGAGUGUACUUGUUAAAAAUGUUACUAGUGACUCAUUGCUACAGGUUGGGCCCAGUAGUCUUGCUAGUGCAGCACAGUAGUUUACCAUAAAAGUUUAACUGCUAACGAAGUGGCACUAGUUGUCGCAAAAACAUUACUAGUAAGACAGUCAAAUUUACUCGUGCUCUUUAGUCAUUCAAGUCUGUUGAAUUGUCUUACAAGUGAGGGCAAAGAGCGUACUAGUAUAUGCAGCUUAAGGUGGAUGUAAAGGAUAUAUGGAGUAAAUGCUCAAAAAGCUUUUCAUACUUUCCCAUUCCUAUUUAUACGCACUGUAUACACGUACCAAAUAUACAUGUUCUGUGAAGCAGCACUGAAUAAAAAAAAAUU